AUUCCUAUACAAAGCUCCAAAAUAUAUAUAGCAUUGAACAUGAAGAAAAAAAUUGUGAUUGAUAUCCCAGUCAGCAGUGAUAGGUGCAUAUCAAAGGCAAUGCAGAUGGCUGUAACUAUAUGUGGUGUUACAUCGGUGAAUGUAGAUAAGGGAAAAGGCCAUUUGAUUGUGAUAGGAGAAGGGGUUGAUUCAUUUGAAUUGAUGAGGUGCAUAAAGAGGAGGUUUAGGUGUGCUAACAUUGUGAGUGUUGAAGAAGUGAAGCCUCCCAAUGAUGAAGAAGAAAAAAAGAAGAAGGAAGCAGAGGAAAAGAAGAAAAAGGAAGAAGAAGCAAAGAAGAAAAAAGAGGCAGAAGAUAAAGAAAAGUGUUGCAAAUCAUGUUGUGAUUGUUGUCCACCAUAUUGCCCUCCAUAUUGUCCACCAUAUUGCCCUCCAUAUUGUCCACCAAACCCUCCAUGUGUACAAUAUUAUCCUGUAUGCCAACCUGUUUAUGAUAAUUAUGAUCCAUCUUGCUCUAUUUUUUGAUUCCUCAA